GCCAAAUAUAUAUUUAAUUAAUAUCAUUUUAUGAAGUUGUACGUGGAAUUUGUGUGGACCUGGUGGAGGAUGGCCUCUCCUCUGCCCUGUGGAGUGUUGUGUAACUCCUUAUCAUUUUAGGUGAAGUUAAGAAAAACAAACCACAGAGAAGAAAAAAGAAUUAAUAAUGGCUACUACUGCAGUUGGAAGAGGACUCCAUAUUCCCCCAUGUAAUUCUUUACCUAUCAUUUCUAGGACUCUAAUAAAGCCCUCAUCACUUGGACUAGUGACGACAAAGCAAACAUGGCCUGCCCAAACAAGAAAAUCUCCAAGUCGUACUCUUGUGGUGGCUCAAGCCCAAGUACGCCCAACCUGGCUUCCUGGGCUUGACCCUCCCCCAUACCUCGAUGGAAGUUUGGCUGGGGAUUAUGGGUUUGACCCACUUGGGCUAGGAGAGGACCCAGAAAGUCUGAGGUGGUAUGUUCAAGCAGAGCUUGUUCAUGCUCGUUUUGCCAUGCUUGGAGUCGCAGGAAUUCUUCUAACAGAUUUGCUGCGUGUAGCAGGGAUCAGCAAUUUACCACUUUGGUACAAAGCAGGUGCAAUUAAAUAUGGAUUUGCAAAUACAGAAACUUUGUUCAUUGUCCAACUAAUCUUGAUGGGAUUUGUUGAAACAAAAAGAUACAUGGAUUUUGUUAGUCCAGGAUCUCAAGCCAAGAAAGGAUCAUUUUUUGGAUUGGAGGUUGCUUUAGAGGGUCUAGAACCCGGAUAUCCAGGUGGUCCAUUACUCAAUCCUCUUGGUUUGGCAAAAGAUAUAAAGAAUAGUAAGGAGUGGAAGCUUAAGGAGAUUAAAAAUGGAAGGCUUGCAAUGAUGGCCAUGCUUGGCUUCUUUGUGCAAGCUUCUGUAACUCAUGUUGGGCCAGUUGAUAAUCUUUUGGAGCACCUCUCUGAUCCAUGGCACAAAACUAUUAUUCAAACCUUAGUUAACUCUACUUCUUAAAGAGCAACUAUUAAACAAUUAUCUCUCAUCAAGACAUAAUUUUCCAUUACAUUCUUUUUAACAUUUAUUUAGUCAUGUACACAUGUAUCACUAAUAAUUUUAAUACAAGUUGAGUUCAUUUACA